AUCUCUUGAUGAGCGGGCACCUUUAUUGCAUUUUCUGGCCUAGACCUUUCUAUUCAUCUGCACACACUCCCAUUGUUUAUUUCCUUGACUGCCUUCUACUCCCAAUUUCCUGGACGGCUUCAAAAUUCAUAUUCACCCCUCCUGCGUUUCCUUUUUUCCAUCCUUCACCCACACCUCGCACGCCUGCGUGACAUGCUGCUCGGGCUUCUGCAUCUUUAUCCUCAUCGCUCGAAUAAUUCGCCCUUCACGUUGGCAGUAAUCAGCAACAAAUAUCAUGUCCGACCGUACCCAGAAUACGCAAUUGCCUUGGCCGACAGGCUCCUCAGGCAGCCAUGGUGCUAUUGAGCAAAAUGCCUGGCUGAACGACCCCGUCGUCACCAUUCUCGUCGGGGCCCAAGACAAGCGCUUCACCGUCCAUGUUGCGCUGCUCACUAGGGAGUCGGAAACUUUCAAAAAUUGGUUCAGCCAGGGCCGAGACGAGAUGAGGCUCCCCGAUGAGGAGCCGAAAAUUUUUACCCUCUUCGUCGGCUGGCUAUAUGGUACAGCAUUCACGCUCUCCGGGGGACCGCGGGGAUACCGGUUCCCGCAGCCGGAUGGCGUGGAGCGAACCGUCCGAGACUAUCUCGGCGUCUAUGUCAUGGGAUUCAAGUUUGGCAUUACUGGCAUCCGCAAUGCGGUGGUGGACUGCCUCUACACCUACUUCGGCACGUCGUCCGACGAUCACAAGGCGCCCGCCUUCUACGAUGUCAAGUACAUCUUUGACAACACCGAGCCCGGUGCUCCCAUGCGCCGCCUUCUGACCGCUCAUCUGCUAUUUUUUCUUUUCAGCAAGUCCCGGCGCAACUCGCCGCUGCCCGGGGACUGGGUUGAGGUGCUCAGCAAGGAUGCCGCGAUCGGCUUCGCCAUGAUCCAGAUGCUCGCCGAGUGGAACUGGGUCAUGGGCGACAACGCGCCGCGCAUGAACAUCCGCCCCCGUGCCGACUUCCACGAGAAGGUUCCCUUCGUCAAGUAUGAGCCGGAUGAGGACCUCACCGAGCUGUGAGCGCGCAGCCACCAUCCCGAGCAAGAUGGACGUCUGGUCGACAAGAGAGAACGAUAAAUCUCCUUCGCUCAAUUUGCAGGUAAUACUAGGUCGCUGGGAUAAUGGGCUUUUGUGGUUGCAUGGUCUGCUGAAGGGAUGGGUGGUUCUGAUUCUGGUUCGGGUUCGGGUUCUGCUUUUAGGAUCGUGCUUGCAUUGCGUUGGCGCAAAGGCGUUCAUCGGUUCGUUGAGGAACCACCUCAUCCGGAUUUCUGCUCGCUAGAUGGCAAUAGCAACCAAAAACACGUUCUUUCCUACUUAAGAAGGUGCCUGACCAGCCUGGGUUCAGGUACGCAGCAAUCUCCGGUCUUGCCGCAAUGAAUCAUGAGCUUUCUAAAUUCUGGUACUGCAUCGGUCUU